AUGGCCAAAUUUCUGGCUACUGUUAAAGCUAUAAUCACGCGAUUAGUUUUUGCCUCGCAUGGAUUUAUCGCGAUUUGGCAAGUCACGAAUUUUAAACGAAAUCCUUUAUAUUGGUAUCUUUGCUGUCCUAUACUUCUGUUGUUUUUUGAAGGAGUUUUCACACUUACUAUAAAAGAGAAUCAAGAAUGGAAAUGGUUCUGUCCUUCAGUAUUCCUCUAUCUCGGAAGUGUGGUGCCAGCAAUUAUGCUUCUGGAGUUGGAUAAAGUCGAAAAAAGAAUUCGAAUGCGAGAAUCAAACAUCAAUGUCACAGAGAAUUUCGAUUUCACGAAUCUGGCAGUCAAGGAUUUAAAACACCUGCAGAAAGCUUUGGGCGUGAACAUAAGAUUGCCAACAAUCCAAAUAUCAACCGAAACUUGGGUGACUUUAAUCGAACAGUUUCUGAUGCUGAUUCUUAUAAUUGGUCGAUGGAUGCUACCAAAGGGUGAUUUGACUCGAGAUCAAUUAAGUCAGCUUCUUUUGGUGUACAUAGGAACAGCAGCUGAUAUAAUAGAAUUUUUUGACUCUUUCAACGAAGAAAAAGUUUCAGGGGAACCCAUUUUAGUUUAUUUAACUUUGGGUAUUUGGGCAUGGUCCUUAAUGCAAUUUACAAUCGUGUUAACGGCAACCAAAUCCAGAAAAUCGAGACUCUCUUCCGGAACUGCAAUCAGAAGAAAAAUACCAACGGAAACAAGUUGUUGUAGUAUCGAUAUUUGGGGAAUCGCACUAAACAUGUUGCUCCAGGAUGGACCCUUUUUGUCAUUUCGGCUCAUCCUAAUAGUUCAUUAUCAGAUAGUAAGCUAUAUGAACAUUUUUUUCACCUGCAAGAACACUUUGGUCAUUUUAUUACAAUUGUAUAGAUUAUACGUAGUUCAGAGCGAAAGUAAAAGUAAAAGAAAGAAAGAUAAAUAUGAAAAAUACGAAAUUCCAAAUAUCAGUAUUAUUUCCCGCAAAGAUAUUCACAGAGGAAAAAAGCAUAUUAGAUUCAAGGAAGAGAGAAGAAGGAAAAAAGUGAAAGACAUUGAUCUGGAAGAAAACGUUUCCGAUAGUGACGAUUCAGAAAGUACAGACAGAUAUGACUUGUCUCCAGACAACUUCGAAAGAAAUACGCGAAAAUCAAGACAAUGCUCGAAUUUCAGUCCUCGUAAUUGUACAAAGUCUAACAAGUCCAAAAAUCGAGAAAAAAAGAGGAAAAUUUCCCGAAGAGAGGCAGCAAGACGAGAAGUUUCGAGUGAAGAAGAAAAGCCUAAAAAUAAAGAAAAUAGGAAUGACAAAAUUGAAGGAAAAGAAAAUUGUCGAGGAACGGGGAAAAAGAAAAAUGGAGAAUGUGGAAAGAGUAAGAAAUUCAAACUAGAAUUUGAAGAAUACAAUUCUUCUGAAGGCACCGAAGAAAGCAGAAGUUUGACUGAAGAAAGCGAAGCUGAUUCGAACGAAAAGAGAAGGGACAAUUACAUGAAAUUAUUGGGAGGUGAAGUUAUGGAGCAGGACAACUCCGACAUAGAAGCUGCUACGGCGGAAAACUCGGUUGAAAACAUUAGUGUCUCUGAGGUUGGGGAUACCGUUAAGAACCUAAAGAAUGGUAAGGUAAAAAGGUAA